UUGUUCGUAGAUAUACGAUUAUUAUUAAGUUGCAUAAUUUAAUAAUUAUUCUACGUUGAAUUAAGUGCGUUACCCAACACUACAUUAUAUAUAGACAUACAUACAUACAUAUGUAAGAAUUUAAGUGUUGUCACCGACUGAUUUUUGGCCAGUAAGACAAAAAAAAAUAUAAAUAAGUUGAAUUAUUGCGAAAAAUCAAGAAAAUUUAAUUACUCCGAUGAUAGCAAUGGAUGAGCAACGCAGUGAUAAGAUCUAUGGCGGUUGUGAGGGCCCAGACGCCAUGUACGUCAAACUCAUUUCAUCCGACGGCCACGAAUUUAUUGUAAAACGCGAACACGCUCUCACCUCUGGCACAAUAAAGGCUAUGCUAUCUGGUCCUGGACAAUUUGCCGAGAACGAGGCUAACGAAGUGCACUUUCGGGAAAUUCCAUCACAUGUCUUACAAAAGGUGUGCAUGUAUUUUACAUAUAAAGUUCGUUACACCAACAGUUCAACUGAAAUACCAGAAUUUCCGAUUGCACCAGAGAUUGCCUUAGAACUAUUAAUGGCAGCUAACUUUCUAGAUUGCUAAGAUAUUGGUUUAUUAUUUGAUAAUGUUAAAAAAUUAUACAAAAUGAAGUAAAUAAAAUAUAAUUCUCCUGUG